AUGUGUGCGGGCGUGAAGCAUUUCCGAACCAGCCUGUCGUGCCGAAUCAAGGAGGCUCGGUAUCUGAACCGGACGUUGGUGCUGGACAUGCGUGUGUGCCUCAACCAAGUGCACAAUAACGGGAAAUUCGUGUACAAGGCUAUUUACGAGCACAUCGACCUCUCGUCAUUUGAAGUGCCGUUCACUCCCCUGCAAGGCUUUCUUGAGGAGGCACUGGCGUGGCGGAGGGAGAGAGCGGCUGGGGAGGCGCCGUUUGGGGUGCGUGUGGUGAAGCGAACGGCUAGCACUGCUACAGUGGCUCUCGAUACAGUCACACCUCUGAUCAUACGUAACAUUUCGUACGGCUACAGUACGUGCAAGCUACCAGGAACCCCCUCCGAGCUCCAUGAGCAAGUGGUUGGGUUCCACCCGGUGUGGCUCGCACUGGCUGCUGCCAUGUCCCGCUACCAGGAACCCCCUUCAAGCUCCAUGAGCAAGGGGUUGGGUUCCGCCCAGAGCUGCUCUCACUGGCUGCUGCCAUCUCACGGUCGAUGCAAGGGGGGGUACUACACGCUUACACCUGCUUCUCUGCCCGUGCUUGUUUUCUCCCUUCCCUGCAGCCAAAACUUCCCCCACCCACCAACGCUUUUCACACCCACCCACCUACCCUAUUCAGCUGCCAGGGACGCCCUUGAAGCUCCAUGCUCAAGGGGUUGGGUUCCGCCCAGAGCUCUGAUGCCAGCUGCUGAUGCCAGCUGCUCAUGCCAGCUGCUGAUGCCAGCAGCUGCUGAUGCUAGCUGCUGCCAUGUCCCUGUCGAUGCAGGGGAGGCGGGCAACACACUUAGCUUACACUGCUUCUCUGCCCGUGCCAAGCCUUCUCCCAGCCGCCAAUCCCUUCCAAGCUCACCAAUGCUUUCCCCACCCCCUUCAGCUGCCAGGCUGCCAGGGACACCCUUCAAGCACGAUGAUCAAGGGGUUGCGUUCCGCCCCGAGCUGCUGGCGCUGGCUGCUGCCAUGUCAGGGUGCAUGCACACAGGGACGCCCUUCAAGCACGAUGCUCAAGGGGUGGCGUUCCGCCCCGAGCUGCUGGCACUGGCUGCUGCCAUGUCAGGGUCGAUGAACGGGGGGGACUAUGAUGCGGUGCCAAUGUUCCUUCCACCCGUCAAUGCGUUCCCCACUCCAUUCAGCUGCCAGGGACGCCCUUCAAGCACGAUGAUCAAGGAGUUGCUACAUGUGGUUGCGUUCCGCCCAGAGCUGCUGGCACUGGCUGCUGCCAUGUCAUGGUCGAUGAAUGGAGGGGACUACGAUGCCAUGCAUAUGCUCGCAUCCCCACAUCCCAUGCAGCUGCAUGCUCACAUCCCCACAUCCCAUGCAGCAGCAUGCUCACAUCCCCACAUCCCAUGCAGCAGCAUGCUCACAUCCCCACAUCCCAUGCAGCAGCAUGCUCACAUCCCCACAUCUCAUGCAGCAACAUGCUCACAUCCCCGCAUCUCAUGCAGCAACAUGCUCACAUCCCCGCAUCCCAUGCAGCAACAUGCUCACAUCCCCGCAUCCCAUGCAGCAACAUGCUCACAUCCCCGCAUCCCAUGCAGCAACAUGCUCACAUCCCCGCAUCCCAUGCAGCAACAUGCUCACAUCCCCGCAUCCCAUGCAGCAACAUGCUCACAUCCCCGCAUCCCAUGCAGCAACAUGCUCACAUCCCCGCAUCCCAUGCAGCAGCAUGCUCACAUCCCCGCAUCCCAUGCAGCAACAUGCUCACAUCCCCGCAUCCCAUGCAGCAACAUGCUCACAUCCCCGCAUCCCAUGCAGCAACAUGCUCACAUCCCCGCAUCCCAUGCAGCAACAUGCUCACAUCCCCGCAUCCCAUGCAGCAGCAUGCUCACAUCCCCGCAUCCCAUGCAGCAACAUGCUCACAUCCCCGCAUCCCAUGCAGCAACAUGCUCACAUCCCCGCAUCCCAUGCAGCAACAUGCUCACAUCCCCGCAUCCCAUGCAGCAACAUGCUCACAUCCCCGCAUCCCAUGCAGCAGCAUGCUCACAUCCCCGCAUCCCAUGCAGCAACAUGCUCACAUCCCCGCAUCCCAUGCAGCAACAUGCGCACAUCCCCGCAUCCCAUGCAGCAACAUGCUCACAUCCCCGCAUCCCAUGCAGCAACAUGCUCACAUCCCCGCAUCCCAUGCAGCAACAUGCUCACAUCCCCGCAUCCCAUGCAGCAACAUGCUCACAUCCCCGCAUCCCAUGCAGCAACAUGCUCACAUCCCCGCAUCCCAUGCAGCAACAUGCUCACAUCCCCGCAUCCCAUGCAGCAACAUGCUCACAUCCUCGCAUCCCAUACACCAGGAUGCCAACAAUUAUUUUCUCUGUACUUGCCAACCAACCCAUUUCAUUCCCAGAAACUCUCUUCUCUUCCCCUGUACCACACGCGGUGCAGGCUACUCGAGAAGCUGCCCAAGUUCGUUGA